CGACUUUCAAAAUAAAUGGAAAUUAUUUCUUCCUUUUUUUAUUUGUGUUCAUAUUUGAAAAAAUAAGCAAUGAAACAGUGUUAUAUUUCAUAACAUGUGCGCUGGUCUAAUUCAUACAUCUUUAUGGGUUAGCAUCGGCUAAUAAUAAUAAAAUAUUAAAACAAGAUAUGGCUAAGUCUUAACAAUGAAUGUUAUUAAUGAACGCACUUACGCUUUUGAAAUUUGUCAAGGAUAAAUUCUAUAAUGCCUUUGACCAAGGAUACAAAAAGUCAAGAAAAGGUCAAACCAGCUGUUGUGGAAAGUGCACAGUAUGAAAACGAGACAAGGGAAGGUCUAAAACCUGAACCACCCCGGAAUCAACAAGAACCACUGGCUUAUCGGAAUAAAGAUGGAACAAUUAAAGUGUACGAGGAAGGCAAGGCGCCAUUUGUCUGGGUCAGAGAUAGUUCGGCCACCAAGUCCAAAGCAGAAAGGGACAGUAAAUCCCCUACAGCUUCGUUGUCCAGUCAGUUAUCAAGGACUGGUGAAAGCUACACAGAGUAUCCAAAGCCUGACAGGGAUGCAUUCACGGGUGAAGAGGUUGUAGCUCCUGUAUCUCCAGUGCCUCACAUAGCGUUGCCAGGGAAACGGAGACAGGAUAUAAUGCCAGACGACAUGACUUUUCGCGAUAUUGACGAGCAUGCGAUUGGGGCCCCGUCAUUUAUAAAAGAAGAUUUGGCGAAGUUGGUCGAAUAUUUGACAUCGGUCGCUCGGACACCUGUAGAACAAGUACGGGCUUUUUUCAUGUGGAUCACUCAUAAUAUAAAUUACGACACUGCUGGGUAUUUUGGACGAGCACCUUUGCAGCAAACAGACGCAGAGUCGGUAUUGAAAACGAGGCUUACAGUAUGUGAGGGCUACUGUAAGCUGUUUGAAGCAUUUUGCAGAGAAGCUGACAUACCCGUCAAAACAAUAUCUGGCUAUGCAAAGGCAUUUGGUUGUAAACCGGAAGAGGAUAUCACAAAAGACAUUCACAAUGCGCAUGCGUGGAAUGCUGUUUUCCUGGAUGGCGGCUGGUUCCUGCUCGAUGUUACGUGGGGUGCUGGAUUUGUGAAAACAAAGGAGAAAAAGUAUGUUCCCAAGUUCAACAAUGCCUAUUUUCUCACUGACCCCGUCGUAUUUUUAACUGACCAUUUUCCGGCAUCGGUAAAUGUCUAUGCAAACUGCGAAAGCGGGAAGGAGUGGCAACUUGUUGUUGACAAAAUUUCGAGAGAAGAUUUCUUGAAGAUCGUCAAUUUUGAUAAACACGGAAAAGAAUGGGGAAUUAAACCAGUAACUCACACAAAGUCUAUUAUACACAAUAUAGAAUAUGAGCUAGACGUAGUUUUGCGAGCAACAUAUACCGAAAUGCUUGACUUCAUAGCGUUUAUGUACGAGGAUGACAGAAAAUUAGAUCAGUUUACCUAUACGUACAUGCUGAACGAGGAAAAGGUAAACGUUCAUGUUUGUUUACCAACGACGGGUGUUUUCGCGCUUCAAAUAUAUGGACGGCGAAAGAAAGAUGGCCGAAGUGCGGAUUAUCAACCGAUAGUGAAAUAUGUUCUACAAUGUGUAAAGGCUUAUGAAGCCCCUGUUCCUUAUCCGGCCUAUCACACUGUAUACGGUCCAGUUAGUGACUUGAAAAAUUACGGGGUAAGUGAUGUCGGGGCUACUUUUCAAGAAGCGGAAGAAGGGGAGAUAAUUCUGUCAGUAAAGCCAACAAGAUAUGUAGAUAUUCUGCCAAAACUGAAGUUUGGCAAUCAUAACAUUGACUUAAAGGAAAAUUGUUUCGUUGACUAUUCGGAUUGUUUCCAGUUCAUAAACAUAAUACUGCGGCUCCGGUAUGAAGGUUAUUACAGACUUGAAUUACUCUCGAAACCAGAAAAAUCAAAUCAAUUCAGUCCAUUCGUUGCAUACCUUAUAAAGUGCAAAAAAGCAUGUACAGAUGGCGUUUUUCCCGUUUCGAAAGAAUAUGCACUAAAAUACAAAUGUUGCAUUCUUGAGCCUUUGACAAAACAUUUACCGCCCAAAUCAGAUAUUUUCGUCUGCGUAAAAUCGCAAGUGGCAACAAAAAUAAAAUGCAACGAGUGUGAUCUGGAAAAAGUGGACGACAUUACUUUCGAAGGGACAAUAAAAACACCGGCAGAAGAUUGCCCGUUUUCUGUAGACGGGUGUGACAUGGAUGGUGUGUACCAUACACUAUAUACAUACAACACAGUCAUUCCAACUGAAAUGUAGCGGCAUCAAUGAAACUUGGCACAAUAAAAAAGUCAUGAAAGCCUCUCACUAAAAUUUAACCUGCUUGCUCCAGUGCAAUGAAUUUGCAUAGGAAAUGGAACUUGUUACGGUAUAUGAACUUUUACAUAGUUUUAUUUGAAUAAAACUUGUGUAAUAUAUGAAAUAACUUACUGUAAAUGACUAAAUGGUCGGUUACAUUUACGUUAUCUGCAUCAUAUGUCGGUAAAAGUUACAAUUUUCAUUACUGUAUACUCUUACAGUAAGACAUAGUGUAACGUAUAAUAGUAUAACACGUCUCCAUAUAUAAAUCUCUGGUUCAUUCAUUACAUUUUUGCAGGUCUAAUAAGUCAAAAGCAAAACUGUGAAAAUUGAUUUCUGAUGUCAUGUAAUAAAACACGUAUGGAAUGUCUUGCCGGGUCGAUAGUCCAAACUAUUGGUAAUCGGACCUCGGGCAAUGAUUUUGACUAUUGACCGGCAAAUCAUUCAACAAGUGUUUACAAAAAUACAGGGAACGGAGCGGUUGCAGAUGAUGUAGAUGAUAAUAAAGUUUAGAAAUUCUUAA